AUGGGCCCGGAACCCGAGCUCGGUGGGCGGUGCCGCGCGGACGACGGGACGUGGCUCGCGUGGGAGCUCGCGCUCCCGCGCGCCGGCGCGUCGCCGUCGCGCCCGCUCGUUAUCCUCGUGAACGGCCUCUCCAACGACGGAAUGCAGUGGCGACGGCUGAAGCCCGCGAUGACGCGAACGCACGCGGUGCUGUCGUGGGACUACCGCGGCCACGGAUGCUCCGCGGACCCCACGGACGUGUCGUCUGUCUCGAUCCGAGCGCUCGCGGGCGACCUGGAGCGCGUGCUCGCGGACGCGCGCGUGCGAUCAGGCGGCGCCGUCUCGACGCGUCGCGUCGCGCUCGUCGCGUACUCGCUCGGCUGCCAGGUCGCGCUCGAGUGGUGCCGCGGGAACUCGCACCGCGUCUGCGGGCUCGCGCUCGUGUUGGGGUCGUGUCGGCACGCGAUGACGGGCGCGCUGCGGUGGAAGCCCGUCGCGGACGUUGCGGCGGCGGCGAUGCGAAUCGCGCCCGCGCCGGCGGCGUACGCGUGGGAUUGCUUCACCGCGUUCGCGUUCGCGUUCAGCUACGCGUCGCAUCUCGCGGCGCGUCUGUUUGGGAUACUGCGCGUGAAGUACGUGGACUUCGAGCCGUUUUACCGGCACUUGAAACGCCUGCACGCGGGGAGUUACACGCGGAUGCUCAUCAGCGGACAAGAGCACAGCGCCAUGGACGUCCUCGAGCUCGUCGACAGGCGCGAGAUACCGACGCUGAUCGUCACCGGCGGGAAGGACGUCACCGCGUCCGCGUCCGGCGUCCGCGCGAUGCAUCACGCCGCCCCGAGGGCGGACUUCGUGCACCUCCCGGGCGCGUGCCACGCGGGGAUGAUCGGAGAGGCGGAGGCUGUCGGAGACGCGAUCGGCGCGUUCCUCGAUCGCGCCGCGGAGACGCUGGAAUUUAACCGCGCGAGGGUGCUCGCGGCGACGGGGGUGGACAUCUUCGCGGAGGACGCGGAUGAGGACGACGAGGACGCGGUGUAUUUCUCCAGGAGCGCGCCGACGUCGCCGACGACGAGGGGGUAGACGCGGGGACGCGAGACGUAGAAGAGAGCGAGCUGUAUUUCUAUUAUCUGUAUUUUUAC